UAUAAGUAUUGUUCAUACAUUUUAACAUGUUCAAAAGACAGCGGAGUUAAAGAUUGUGUUGUUUUCUUGUUCGUAGCAUCAAAGAUGACAUUUAGAAUUUUAGCACUUAUUUGUCAUAUGAUCUACUUUCAUGAAGGAAACGACAUGGACAUUUGCCGAAAUCAGCUCAACGUCAAUAGAUCAGGAGAAUGCUGUUAUAAUUCUUACAGGGAUGGGAAUAACUGUAAAGAAUGUCCACCCGGAUACUUCGGAUUUAAUCGUUCUCAAAUUUGUCCUGAACAAACUUAUGGAACCUUAUGUAGUCAGCAUUGCAGUAACUGUAAAAUCUGUAAUCAUGUAUAUGGUUGUACAUUAACAACAGAGCACAUUAAAUCAGGUGUCUCUAGAAAAAGAAGUUCUAGCACUAGACCUGCAACUGCGAUCAUGGCGUCCAUGUCAUCGAAAAAUUCAUCAGAUAUGUUUGAAAUUGAAAGCUCCAAUUUGAUAUAUUUAAACACUAACAAGACUCUUACUAAGUCUAACCUUGCAAUAAUUAUCUAUACAACCGGAUCAUUUAUAUCUUUUAUAAUUCUACUGAUAAUUGUAAGAGAAAUUCGCAACUUUUGCAAGAUACUAUUUCCUCCCGCAAAUAAAAACGUGAUACAAAAUAUUGAUGUCGUAGACAACAUAUAUUCAGAAGUUUCUGACGUCAUUGAUUGUGUCAUUUCACGUAGAGAUAUUGCCUCAUCUAUGGUAAACGUAAAUAGUAAUGAUCGGGAUGAAGUUUCCGGAAUCUUCGAGGUGGACCGUACAGACUGUAUUGAUAGCACUGUGUGUAGAGAGACGGAAGAGACUGACGAACCAAAAUUAUCUUUACAAACAUCAAGGUAUGAGACGAGCAAUAACUUAGGUUGUUGUACUAUUAAGGAUAAAAUAACAUUUAUAAAUAAUUGCCCUGAUCAACAAAAUGAAAAUGUUCACCAAGUCUCCUCAAAGGAAAACAAGGAAGAAAUCUUUUCUCUAGAGACUCUGUAG